GAUCUUUAUUGAACCUAUAAAAUCCUUUUUAUUAUUAAUCCUGGUUUUAGCUUCAAAAGUACAUCACAAAACCUGAUCCUAUAUGUGCAGCCUAAAAUAACAUGAAUUAGUAUUGUAGCGACAAACAAGAGGUUAAUGGUGUUCACUUCACCACAUGGGAAUAGUCAGGAGAAGGCAGGUGUAUCCUGAGGUGACAUACAGCAGGUUCCGAGGGGAAUUCCUGUCAUGAAAUCUCUUCAGUGACGUUCAGUCUAUAUUCAGGUGUGAAGCCGCUCCAUGACAGGCUCCCGGGCACACAACAGCGCUAUAGUGAGAUGGCAGUUACUACGGAUAACCCAGCUUCUCUCACCCUGCACGGGCACCGCGACUCACGACUCUCACCCCGCCAUAGACAGCUCGCCUCACUCUCCAGAGAUAUUGCAGGCGAAGUCCUAGAGGUGUGUGUCGGAGCUGUGUGACUUCUCCGGUAGGUUCCUACACGACCCAGCUGGGAUACCUGGCAUUGUGACCCGGUGUGUGUCGGGUAGGUGCCCUCUACAUGAACAGCCGAGACCUAUAGGGGAGGGCGGGCCGCCGGCGUUACAACUGCUCACGUCCCCCACGGAUCUCCGCGGCAUUACACCAAGUUCGGCUCACUCCCCUAAUUUCCGUAAGGAGAAGCACGGGGAUAUUUUUCCAAUUUUACAGACGUUACAUUGCUUGUACUUAUAUUUGGUGCUGCUUAUAUCUCUAUACAUAUUAUUUGGGCGGUUACUUGAAAGGUCACAGCCUAAACUAAAAAAAGCGCGAGGAUGCCCAGAAAUGAUAUACUUGCAUAAGGCCGUUGAGUCAGAGAAGUGAACCGUGCAUUCAGGCUGCAAGCUCCGCUAGUGAGGGCGCGGUUUACUUUGUAGGCGUGGUCUAUGGCGUUGGUGCUUAAAACGACCAAUCAACUGAUUGACCGAGGCUCGUGAGGUGCGGAGCUAACCAAUCACUGUCCGUGAAUUGGUGGGCGUGGUCCUACUCGAGGUACCAAUCGCCUGUGUGCUCCGACUGAUGGCAGUUGUGUUGGGAGCGAUGCUGGGAGUUGGAGUCGGUUACAGGUUAGUGAUCGCCUCAUGUAUUGGUUGUAGGCACUCCAUGAUUUCUGCCCUGUGUGGACCACAUGACGCUUCUUUAGUUGACAAAUUUGGACAGUUAUGGAUUCAAAUCUAGUGUCUAAUCCCAGUACAGUAAAGACUAUUUAAAGGAAAGGAGUAACUCAGCUGCUGUAUUCAUGGGGGUGUAUGGACAUGUAGCUUGGAGGACUGUCUAGGUAUGAAAGACUUCACAAAGUAGGAGAUAACAUGGAAGAUCAACUCAAGGCUUCCUUUGGGGCAAAACAUAUGGACAAUAAGCUUCUGCAGAGCUUCACAAUCCCUAAGAAAAAACGAAGUUUUGACAAAUUUUGUUUGCUAAAUUGUUCACCACACAGGAGGGAGUUUAGUGAAAUCUUGGACACCUUAAAUAAGGGAAGACUUAAUGUGGCCUCUGAGUUGAACUCUUCAUGGACAUUUUCAAAAAUUAAAAUUGUCAUCAAUGACCAUUUAACUGAAAAGUUUUUUGAAAAGAGAAAUGAAAUGAAAGAACUUGGAAGACAUAACAGAGAACUGGAGGAUAGGUUCUGCUUUUUAGUGGUACCUAACCAAACUGCCACGGUUAUAGCUCAGCAUGGCUUAAGCACUGGGAGUACAACAACCAAAGAGCUGGGAAAUCCUGAACUGGGUGUUUAUUUUUUCCGACACAUUGAUGUUGCUCUGAACUUUGCUCAUCGGAAGAAAUUGACUUCAAAUGUGAUACUAAUAUUUAAAGUGCUCUUUGGUAAAGUUAAAACAGUUCAACCAGGUUCAGCUACAAAUUCUAUCCUGGACCCAACACCAAAUUUUGACAGUCACGUAUCAAGGAAGGCACCACUAUGGAGCGAUCCAUUUGAUGAGCAGGUUACAAAUUCAUUGAUUUACGUGUAUGAAUAUGAUAGCAGCUUUAAGCCUGUGAAAACUCCAAGACAGUGUCUUCCGAUUGCUGCAGUUGAUGCAACUUUUAUAGUCAAGAAAGCUGUUACAGCUUCUGUACAAGCACGGCUCCCAUCCAAACAUGUUCCUCCAGGAAACUCUAAACUUGCAAACUGCACAGUGGCCAAGCGAAUUGGAAAAGGCAAAGAUGCCAUGGUUAUAUUUAAAAGUGUUCGUCCACCACUGGUACAAACAUGUGGAAUAGAAACAGUGCAGAGCAAUGUCUUGGAUAAAGAGGCUCCUACUGUUCCUGGUAUAAAAACAGAACAAGGUUUUGGGGUUAUUGAGAAAUUGCCUUUGUUCCAAAAUAAUAUUGCUCUACCUGAUCUAAGCAUAUCCCUUCAACAGCAUUGUAAUGUUGCUUUAGAAAGUCUAAUAAAGUCAUGCAUGGUAAUAACAUCAAAAUCAAUGAAAGAUCCAAGGCUAUUAAAACGAUGUGAUCAGGAAACUUUAAAACCAGUUGGUCAGUCGAACCUGAAUGACAAUAUGAAUCAAUCAACAUUAUACCUCAGUUUUGAAGAAAGGCGUGUUUAUAAUAGCAUUGUCAUGACUGGAUCAUGUGUGAAGAAAUUAAAUAAAUAUUCAUCAUUCUUGACCUGCAGUGAAAAGGGAACUGAUAUAGGUCUUUCUGAUGAAGACCAUUUAUGUGAACCCACUUUAAAUAAGUUAGGAAUUGAAGAAAAGCCAGAAACUGAAUUUGCUGUUUCCAUGUCACUUAAUUCAUUGAACUGCACUAAUGAAACCAGAGAAGACAUAGUACAAUCUGAAGACAGCAUGUCUCACAAUCCAAACCCAAAUAACAAAGACACAGCAUAUUUUUCAUUAAAUAUAAGGGAAAGAGAACCAGGGAUUGCCUUGUUAUCAAAUGCAUCUUGUAAGGAGAAAGCAUUGCUUCCCAAACAACAACACAGCAAUGAUAAACUUAACCAAAUAUGUUCAAGAAGUCAACAAACAUGUGUAUUUGAUUUUAGGUCAUUAGACUAUACUAAGGAAACCAAUGAAAAUGGACAGAAAUUAUCUAAAGACAACGGAAGCUUGUCUCAAAAUCUAAAACUAAAAAACACAAAUACUGCAAGGGAUAUAUAUUUGCCAUUCAAUGGAAAGGAAAGAGAUUUAGGGCUUAAGUUGUUACCAAAAAUAUCUGGUGAAGAGAAACCAGUGCUUUUCAAGAAAAUAUCCAGAAAUGAUAUGCCCUACAAAGUAGCACUGAGGGCUGAAAAAAUUCAGCAAACUGUUUUAUCUGAUUUAUCGUCACUAGGAUACUCUAAGGAAACCAUUGAAAAUGGAGGAGAAACUGAAAGUGACACAAAUGUUUCUCAAAAUGAAAAGCUAAAAAUCGAAGAUUCUGCAUGGGCAAAAUUUUUGCCAUUUAAGGAUAAAAAUAAGGAAACUAAGACUCAAGUAUCUGAAUCUGUGUGUCUUAAUACAUUAAAUUGUACUACAAAAACAGAUGAAGAUAAAUCUGAAAUCAAUCAGUGCAUUGUUAAUAAAACAAAUCCACAAGUCAAAUCUACUGCAAGUGCAUCCUUUAUGUCAUGUGAAAGGGAAAAAAAAGAUAAGGAAUUUGUAUCUUUACCACAUACAUGCAGUUUUUCUCUAAAUAUGUUGAACAGCAUUAAGGAAACCAGUAUAAACAGAGGGAAAUCUGAUGUUCGGAGGCCCAGGUCUCAACAUACAAUGCUUAAAAAUAAAGCGAUUGUAAGGACAUCUAGUUUACUUGACUAUUACAAAGAACAGUGUCUCCAAUCCAAAAAACAUUCUCUAAAGCAUAGUUCAUCAGCAGUCAGCAAAACAAAACUUCUAAAGAAAAACAAUGAGUAUGUUACUAGUUUGAAACGAAGAUCAUAUAGUCCAGAGAAAGCUAAAAAAUAUAAAGUUGCUCCACACUCUAGGAGUGAAAAAGUAAUACAGAAUAAUAACAACCAAUUUAAACCAGUUAAAAAUUACCAGAAGGCCACCUCUGAAAUAAAUAUAGCACUUAAUGAUAAGAAACCCACAAGUAUUGAUGAAUCUUCCAGUACACGUAAACUUGUCUCUACUGCAGCACCUAAUGAAGAGAUAAAAUAUCAGAAAGCCAAAGAGAACUGCAGUUUGAAGAAGCCUCCUGAAAGGGAAAGGCAUGAAUUCUAUGUGCCUAAAGGUGUUAGAGAGAAAACUGAGAAAUAUAAAAAAGUAACUAAUGGUAAACCUAAAAUUAGAACAUUAGAUAAUUGUAAUGACAGUUAUGGAUUUGUCUUAAGUGAUGGUACAAAGCCAAAAACUAUGAACGUAAAGGACAGUGUUGUUUUACAUUUGUCAAACAAAAUCAAUAGCGAGAUCAGCGUGAGGGGAAAAAAUUUACAACCAAGUCAAACUAGUCCAGUUGUAAUGAGUCCUUCAAAAACAGACAUGCCUAGUACUGGUUUAGGUGAAUCUGUCAAAGAUGUUUUUAUAGACAAGGCAAUACAAGCUUCACAUACAAAGAAAAUUAGAAACCAAACGUUGGCAUUUCCAAGAAACACAUGUGAAGAUGUGUUGGUUGAAGAUUUAUGUUUUGUAACUGAAUUAGAAAACCGUAUCGACUGGAAUGGUAUUUUUGGAAUGGACCUUGAGAAAGUAAAUACAGCAAUAGGAACAUUACAGAGCAGCUCCUUAAGACAAAUAAAAGAGCCAAGUGGAUUGAGAAUAUUUCCUGAUAUGGAAAUUAAUAUAACAAACAAUCAUUAUAAGUGUGCAGGUGGUUAUAUCAAAAACAUAGUUGAAGAAAUAGGUCCAUCAAAAGAAGUAACAUGUAAUACAUUUGAGGAUUUUAAUGAUUUAACUCAAGAUCACCAAAUAACGGAUUCUAUUCAGACAGACACUCCAAUUUUACAAGAAAAUAAAAAUGACAACCUUGAGACGCUCUCAUUAAAAGUGGAUAACAGUGUUGAGUCACAUGACACAGCAGUCACCUGUAGCCCAGUUCCAUUAAAUAAAGCCUUGCACAAAAUUGAUAUUCCCACAAUAAAGAAGAGACUAAAUAAAAAAAGGCUAACUUCAGUGCUUAUUAAAAAGUCUACUAGAAGAAUUCACAAGUUCUCUCAGUCAGAAGAAAAUAUUAAAGUUGUUUUAGGUAUGUUGUCUGACGAAAUACCUUUGUGUAAGAACAAGCGCAUAUCCAAAAGAUUAGACCGAGCUAUACUGCACUUAAGAAAGGCACAUAAGAGAGUUAAAAAAUCUCUGCAGCUUGUGGCAAAAUCUGGAAAGAGAAAAAAUAUGGCCAAAUCCUGCAGUGUACAGGAACAUCUUACCGUUAAUGGGAAAGAGGUAAAUUCAAAACAGGUUGAAAGUACAAGCAGUCAAAUUGUACAGACAGAAGAUUCCUUUAAAAUUUUGAAAGUUGCUGAGAUACAGAAGGGCCCAACCACAGACAGAAAAUGUCUAACAGAAUCAACUCAAGUGAUGAUUAAUGGAGCGUUUGUGCAAGAUUCCCAGCAGGCCAAAGUAAAUAGCAAUUCAGCUACAAAAAUGUCACUUUUGACUCCUUACAAAGUUACCAUGCCCUCCCCAGUUACUCCUGAAGACAGUUCUAGCAUUACCAGUAUUACUGUGUCAGAUAAAGAAAAUGCUAUGCCAGUGGUCCCUUCUGUGAAAUCACCUUCUGAUGGCAAAGAAAAGCAUAUAGUAAGUUGCAAAACAACUUAUGAAGACUCUAUAAAAGAGGACGGUGGACAAAAAAAGAGAUUCUCUUCAAAACUAAUGUUUUCUCAAAUAAAAAAGCAGAGUUCAUCCCUCACCAUAUUAGUAUCUAAAAGUUUAAGUAAAAAAUCACACACAAUUAAUGAAAAGAAUCGACUUAAAGGAAAAAAAUUGAAAGAAUUUGCAUGUAUUACAACAAAAAGUGCAACAAAUUCAAGUUUAUUACUGAGAAAAUUAUCAAAACUUUUGCAAAAAGCCAGCGAGACCGAUUCCUUACAAGCAUUGCAAGAAUACCAACUGAUGUGCCAGAAAAUGAUCCCUGCUUUCAUUAAAGCUUUUGAGAAAAUGCAACACUGUGCUUUGAAAGAUGUAAUAGUGGACAGAAGAUUGUUUGUUAGAGAAAAUCUAAAAACAUGUUUCAAGUGUACUUUGAAACCCCAAGCUGUAGAGACAUUUCUUGAGUUGCAAAUGAUGAUUGAAACUAGCCAAUAUGUUGAGAAUAGGAUGCAUUAUAUGGAAGGAUUGCCUACAUUUCGAAGUCUUUUAUGGUACGACAGAUCCCUGUAUCCAGAACUUCUUACAGGAAAAUCUGGCUUUCAACAGCAAUCUAAUUUUUAUUUAACCUUUCAAGAAAAGCUGAAACUUAACUCAUUAACUACACUAGAGAAUCAUUAUACUCAACUUUCUGAGUUUCUACAGACAAUUAAUGAAAAGGAUAGCUGUUAUUAUGUGUAUCUGAAGUACAAGAGAGAACUGCAAGAAUGUGAAGAUGUUCUAGAGAAUAACUAUGACCAUGCCGCAUUUGCACUUUCUGUUCCUUUCACCUGUGGAGUAUAUCUUGGAGAUACAAUAGAUGACCUAAAAGCCUUGCAAAAUAGCACUUUAGAGAUCAUAAGAUCUUUUUUUACCCUUCCUAAGUGUGAUGAAGGAAAGAAGGAGCAUGCACUCUCUCUGCUGGAAGUUAUAUCUGCAAAAAUUGAGCACAUUAAGACCUCUGUAUCUAGAAGUAUACAGCUUUCACUUUUUGGUAUUGAACACUUGCUCUUUGAUGCAGCCAAAGUUAUGGCUUUUAAUGAAAGAAAACAAUAUGGUGGUCAAAGAACUAUUACUAAGGAGUUAACUAGCCAAAUAAACAGCAUUGCUUUGUCAAAAUUAUAUGAAGUUUAUUGUGCCCAAUGUGAGCAACCAGUUGAUACCAAAAAGUGCUCUUCAAGUGAGAUCUUCAACCAUCACAUAAGUUUAGAAUUCUUUGGUAACCAGAAUGUGUUCUUAUUUGGAAAAAUCAUUGACCAAGCUCUUGGUUCCGAGCCUGGUGUGUUGGAGAAGAUGAUUCAAUUCUGCCAUCAGCAUCUUGAAUUUCAGACUAAAUGUUUCCAGAUCUUACAGGAAUGCAUUGUGGAUGAAGUCAUAAUUCAAGAGACCAAUGUUGUAGAUAUGGCUGACAGACAUGACAAAUAUACCACUCUUUUAAAGCCUGAAGCUGUUGAAGCAUAUAUUGACUUAGCAAUGACAUAUGAAACAUUACACUUCCUUAAUUGUCUAGUGGCUUCGAAAAAUGGCCAAGUGACAACCAGGGGUUUACUUUGGUAUGAUACUUCUCUAUUCUCAGAUCUGAUACACAACCAAUAUAGAGUGCAAUCCUUUUAUACAGAAAACAUCAUGGCUAGUGCAUUAGAUAUUAUAGAGAGCACAAUAUCAGAAAUUAAAUCAGAACUGGAAGUAAUUUCCAAUUGUUCAAAUUCUGUUAAUUACACCUAUGCAUUUCAGAUAAUGACAAGAGAACUUUCAGAGCUUUCAGAACUCAAAAACUUCAUGAAGUCUAAGCCUGUAAUCGCCACUUACAUACAUUUUUCUCCAUUUGUUGUUUCUCUACAUUAUGGAAACUCACUAACAGAACUAGAUCACAAUUACAACCAGUUAUCUGAAUAUCUUGGAGUUUUAAUGUCUACCCCAAAGAAGGAUUUAGGGAAAUCAGCACAUACAAUGAAAAUAAUGAAAACAAUUGAAAUCACAAAAGCUUUAGUAUUCAAGCCAGGUAUAUCAACAUUUGAUUUCAUUGCUUGCAAUGUACUACAUAAUAAGAAGAAGAAUAGACAAGCCUUAAAAAGACAAAACCAUGAUGAAGAACAAAUCCUGCAUAGUCAAUCCCCCAGGAAAAGUGGCAAUAUUUCUGCAGAGGACCCUACUUCUCCCAGCUGCAAAAAGCAAAAGGUUUCAUCAUCACCAGAAAAGGCUUCUAUAAAGGAGAAAGAAAAUCAAAUCAAGUCCCACUUAAGACCAAAGAAAUUCGAAAUGCUUACCACUGUACACGAAAACCGGCAUGGUGUGAAAAAAGAUUGUUUAAAUGGUUCACAACUGAGGGAAAGCAAGUUAGGUUUCAGUACAAGUCCAAAGCAUAGAAGAGAAUAUAUAACUUCUGCUUUAGAAGUUGGAAGAACAGACAGGAUGGACAGCAAAACAAGAAUAUCAGACCAGAAUAAAUUUAAGAAUGUUUUAAAAAUAUUUAAAGAAGACUAUUCUUUAGCUGGUAAAUGUCAAGAAUCCUUACUUGCUACAGACAAAUGUGAGCUAACUUUGGAUGCAAAGGUUCAACCUCAGGCAGAUAGUAUAGAGUCUGGGUCCUUUACCUGUGUCCCAGAUUCCAAAAUUCCUUUAGAAUCAGAAAAUGUCAGAAUACCACCUGAAGAAAAGGAUCCUUCAUUAGAUGACAAUAUGAGUAUUGUGUGUUCCAGUGACAUUAGCUCAUCGGAGGAACAGGAAAACAUGAUACAACUUAAUUCUGCAACUGAAGAACAACAAAGAAUGAACGACAUAAAGCCUACUGGAACUGAGGAACUUCAAAAUGGUAAAUCUACCACCUGGGAUAGUCAGUCAAUUCCAACAGCCGGUGGUCAGUAUCCACAGUUCCCUGUUUCUGCUAGUCCUUGGCAAUAUUCCUUUUAUUACUGGUAUCAAAAUGGCAAUAAUGCUGGGAGAGUAACUCAAGGAUACCCACAUGUUUCCUACAAUACACAGUCAACCAAUCCUUAUAAUCAGUCAUCUGCAUUUGCAGUGCCAAAUUCCUAUAAUACAAACCAGCCUUACUCUGAUUUCAAUGGACAGAUUCAAGCACAGAUGUAUUCAGUUUCUGGCCCCUUUGGUGCCAAUUUGCCAUACAAUUAUGCAGAUCCAUCCUCUUCUUCAAAUCAGAAUCCAGUGCCAAAUCCAUACUCUUAUAGUUCUACUGGAAAUACAGGCUGGCCAUGGAGUUCUUGGCAAUAAUAAAGAAAGCACGAUGAAAGAUGAAACAAGAUAAAAAGAUGAAACAAGACAAUGAUCUCUGGAUUCAAUAUCUGAAAUUUUAAUUGCAAAACAUUUGCAGUUGACUACUUGCAGUAGUACUAUUUAUGCCAAUGACAUUUGUAGUUUGUGGCACAUUUCUUGCCUGUGCUAACUUUUUUGUAUGUUUUUGCAUUAUAUUCUCUAAAGUUAAGAUGUCUCGCCAGUAUUUCAUUUUUAUAAGCAAAAUACUUAUUUUUAUAUAUUUUUCCAUUUUUUAUACAAGAGUUUUCCUCAGGGCAUUUGUUUAAAGUGUCUAUGACUAUUUUAUAGAUUUGUUUGUUAGGAGUCACAAUAUAUGAUUGUGUUGUUUUGUAAUUGUUAUUUACAUUUGAAAGAUUUUGUGUUUUUAAUACCGUAUUUAUCGGGGUAUACCACGCACCGGCCUAUAACACGCACCCUCAUUUUAAAAUGAGGGUGCGUGUGUGUGCGCGUGUAUACCCCGAUACACCCCCAGGAAAGGCAGGGGGAGAGAGGCCGUCGCUGCCCGCUUCUC